GCGGCUCCGGGCGCGGCGUCUGCACCAUGAACUACCAGCAGCAGCUGGCCAACUCGGCUGCCAUCCGGGCCGAGAUCCAGCGCUUCGAGUCGGUCCACCCCAACAUCUACUCCAUCUACGAGCUGCUGGAGCGCGUGGAGGAGCCGGUGCUGCAGAGCCAGAUUCGGGAGCACGUCAUCGCCAUCGAAGAUGCCUUUGUGAACAGCCAGGAAUGGACAUUAAGCCGGUCUGUCCCAGAGCUCAAAGUGGGAAUUGUGGGUAAUUUGGCCAGUGGCAAGUCCGCCCUGGUGCACAGGUACCUGACCGGCACAUACGUCCAGGAGGAGUCUCCCGAAGGUGGAAGGUUCAAGAAGGAGAUCGUGGUUGAUGGACAAAGCUACCUGCUACUGAUUAGAGAUGAAGGGGGCCCCCCAGAGGCACAGUUUGCCAUGUGGGUGGAUGCAGUUAUAUUUGUCUUCAGCUUGGAGGAUGAGAUAAGUUUCCAGACCGUUUACCACUACUAUAGUCGGAUGGCCAAGUACCGGAACACCAGUGAGAUCCCGCUGGUUCUAGUGGGAACCCAGGACGCCAUAAGCUCCAUGAACCCACGGGUCAUUGACGACACCAGGGCACGGAAGCUCUCCAACGACCUGAAGCGGUGUACCUACUAUGAAACGUGUGCCACGUACGGGCUGAACGUCGAGAGGGUCUUCCAGGACGUUGCCCAGAAGAUCGUUGCCACGAGGAAGAAGCAGCAGCUGUCCAUCGGACCCUGCAAGUCCUUACCCAACUCGCCCAGCCACUCCUCCGUCUGCUCUGCCCAGAUGUCCACUGUGCACAUCAGCCAGACCAGUAAUGGAGGCGGGAGUUUAAGCGACUAUUCCUCCUCCGUUCCGUCGACUCCAAGCACCAGCCAGAAAGAACUUCGCAUUGACGUUCCUUCCACUGCCAACACGCCAACGCCGGUCCGGAAGCAGUCCAAGCGCCGGUCCAACCUUUUCACCUCUCGGAAGGGGAGCGACCCAGACAAAGAGAAGAAAGGCCUGGAGAGUCGCGCAGACAGCAUUGGGAGCGGCAGAGCGAUCCCAAUUAAACAGGGCAUGCUGCUGAAGAGAAGUGGCAAAUCGUUGAACAAAGAGUGGAAGAAGAAGUACGUCACCCUGUGUGAUAAUGGCGUGCUGACCUACCACCCGAGUUUACAUGAUUACAUGCAGAAUGUUCACGGUAAAGAGAUUGACCUCCUGAGAACCACUGUGAAGGUCCCAGGGAAGAGGCCCCCCCGAGCCACGUCGGCCUGCGCACCCAUCUCCAGUCCUAAAACCAACGGCCUGGCCAAGGACAUGAGCAGUUUACACAUCUCACCUAAUUCAGGGCAUGUCACUAGUGCGUCUGGGCCUCAGAUGGCAAGCGGCGUCAGCCUGGUCUCCUUCAACAGCCGGCCGGAUGGUAUGCACCAGCGUUCCUACUCUGUCUCCAGUGCUGACCAGUGGAGUGAGGCUACAGUCAUUGCAAACUCGGCCAUCAGCAGUGACACGGGGCUGGGCGACUCCGUGUGUUCCAGCCCGAGCAUCUCCAGCACCACCAGCCCCAAGCUCGACCCGCCCCCCUCUCCUCACGCCAACAGAAAGAAGCACCGGAGGAAGAAAAGUACCAGUAACUUCAAAGCCGACGGUCUCUCGGGCACCGCUGAAGAACAAGAAGAAAACUUUGAGUUUAUCAUUGUGUCCCUCACGGGCCAGACGUGGCACUUUGAAGCCACCACGUAUGAAGAGAGGGAUGCGUGGGUCCAAGCCAUCGAGAGUCAGAUCCUGGCCAGCCUCCAGUCAUGUGAGAGCAGCAAAAAUAAGUCGAGACUGACCAGUCAGAGCGAAGCCAUGGCCCUGCAGUCGAUACGAAACAUCAGAGGGAAUUCACACUGUGUGGACUGCGAGACUCAGAAUCCGAACUGGGCCAGUUUGAACUUGGGUGCCCUCAUGUGCAUUGAGUGCUCAGGGAUCCACCGAAAUCUUGGCACCCACCUUUCCCGCGUCCGCUCUCUGGACCUCGACGACUGGCCUAUUGAGCUUAUCAAAGUGAUGUCAUCCAUUGGGAACGAGCUGGCCAACAGUGUCUGGGAAGAGAGCAGCCAGGGACGGACGAAACCCUCACUAGACUCCACAAGGGAAGAGAAGGAGCGGUGGAUCCGGGCCAAGUACGAGCAGAAGCUCUUCCUGGCCCCACUGCCGUGCUUGGAGCUGUCGCUGGGCCAGCACCUGCUGCGGGCCACCGCCGACGAGGACCUGAGGACGGUCAUCCUGCUGCUGGCUCACGGCUCCCGGGACGAGGUGAACGAGACGUGUGGCGAGGGGGAUGGCCGCACAGCCCUGCACCUGGCCUGCCGGAAGGGGAACGUGGUCUUGGUACAGCUCCUUAUCUGGUAUGGCGUGGACGUCAUGGCCCGGGACGCCCACGGGAACACGGCGCUGGCCUACGCCCGCCAGGCCUCCAGUCAGGAGUGCACCGACGUGCUGCUGCAGUAUGGCUGCCCGGAUGAGCGCUUCGUCCUCAUGGCCACCCCUAACCUGUCCAGGAAAAACAACAACCGGAACAACAGCAGCGGGAGGAUACCCACCAUCAUCUGAAGGGUCGCCGGCACCUGCCGAUACCCGCGACCGUGUGGCCUGGCCACACCGCCUCUCCUGGAAGUGACAGCACGUGAGUCCUCCCACGUCCCCCCUCCUCCCGGUGGUCACUUCCCCAUCGCCCACCCCCACCCCCGUGAAGUCUCAAAACUCGGACCGUCCUGAGGGGGCGAAGAGGAGGCAGGAGGCCGCAGGACCGAUUCCUUUUCCCACCACCUCCCAAGUGACAAGCAGGAGACACCGGCGGGCCUCGGUCCUUUGAUGAUAGCACAUGAUGCCGCCGCAGGACCCUCGUCCCGGGCCAGCAGACACUGUUUGGUGGGCGGGUGGGCGGCGGCACAGGGACGGGGGGUGCCGGGGGAGGGGAGGCAAGGAGCAAGGAGAAGGGGUAACUUUCCUUAACUGGCAGUUAAGCACAUCAGUACAUUUCACCUCUACCAAACGGAACGCUUGGAUUUCAUCCCUUCUCCGAGGAGCCUGACGGCAUAAAUCAGAAGCAAGCACAGAGUUUGUCAGGUUUGAAGCCCCUAUGAUGGUGUGUGUCAAAUCAGUUGUAGCUAAUCUGUCCGGGGAGAGUACUGGCUUCAUUACACUCGUAUAGUUGAGUUCUUCCAGCAUUACCGCUGUUUAAUAAAAGAUGAUUAGUCAUCACCCAGAAGAAAGCAUAUUAGCCGAGGAGGUAGUUACACGGCACGCUUCGGUGAUUGCCGGAAUGGGAUUGCAAUAUUCUUAGAAGCAUCAUAUUAUCCCGACAUGUUCUUUGGAGCCCUUGGAGCCCUCCUUUCUAAAUUCACUGUCAUAAUUUAGUAUCUGUUUAAUUUUUCAGUCCAAAGAGGAAAUCAGUUGCUGAGGAUUAUUUGAAACCGGUCUCCUUGGUGUAAAAACAAAAAGGGAAAAAUAAAUAGGGGUGACUCAGAAAUUCCAAAGGAAAGAAUGAAUCCGGCCAAUCACAACACCUCGAGUACAUUCAGUAAGCUAAAGAAAUAUAUAAAAGGCUAUUUUUCCCCCUGGCGCGAGGCAGAGCUUCUGCCCUUGCGCCAAGGUGAACGUGUUGGGGCUCGGUGACUCCAGGGCUGUGUGGCCCGAGUUCCACAGCUUUCUGUGUUCUGUCUUUAGAUGAGAUGUGUGAAAAUCUAUUUGAAUAAAAGACGUUCAUAAAUAUGCAUCGAUUUUUGUACAGACAAAUGGCACCUCUGUUAAUUUAUAAAUUGAACUGGAUGUGAACUAAUAAUGUGCAACUAGUUGAGUUAAGAGGGCUACAGAUGAUUGUACACGGGCAUCUUCCCAGCAGUCAACACUUCCAUUAAUGUGAUGUACAGCUUUUCAAAGGGAACACAUCGGGAUAAGAUGGUGGUACAAUGUGCUUAUUAAAAUCGAGAAAGGAGAAAAAGACAAUGACGCAUCUGACGGAGGGGAGGGAGGCGUGUGAUUUCUCACUAGCAGAAGCAUGAUUUAGAUCAGAUACCACAUUUGCUAACCAAGAGGCAGGGGCUACGGCAAGACAGAGUGCUUGCCGAAUCCCAGACCAGGGUGCUUUGCCAAGGCAGGUCGGGACCAGCCGCUGACUGCUCUGUGCAUCCUUAAGACUUUGACCUGGUGGCCAAGCUCUUCCUUCUGAGAGGUCACCAGAUCUGCCGUGACCGUGGUAUUGGGCUGCUUCAAUGUGAUGGUCCAAUAGAACAAACCAAGUCAUGAUACCAUAGAGUAAAAAGAAGGGCAACGUUGCCUAGAGCCCUUUGGUAGGAUGACAGGAAAAAAUGUCACACUGUAAGACCACAGUGUGGAAGAACAUAGUACUAUCUGCCCAGCCACCACUGGAAGAGCCCCUUGCUCUUCUAAGCCCCUUGCUCUUCUUUAUGAAACCUUAUAUUUUGUAAGAGUUUUUCCUCUUCUUUCACUUUUUAAAAAAAAAAAAAAAGUUAAAAUAGGUGGAAAUAAAAUAAAGCUUUACAGAGGAUUUAUAUGUGGCUAAGCGUUUCAUGGAAAUUUCUAACCUCUAUUAAAAUCAGCAAGGAGCCCUGGUGGUCCAGUGGUUAAGCACUCGGCUGCUAACCAAAAAGGUCGGCGGUUCAAACCCACCAGCCGCUCCUUGGGAGAAAGACGUGGCAGUCUGCUUCCAUGAGAUUACAGCCUUGGAAACCCUCUGGGACAGCUCUACUCUGUCCUGCGGGGUCGCUAUGAGUCAGAAUUGACUCAACAGCAAUGGGUUUGGGGCUUCUGUUUGUUUGUUUGUUUGUUUGUUUAAUUAAACUCACUGGAACUCACCAGUAUCCAAGAAAAAUAGGUGCAGGGGCCAUAGGCCUGAGAAUUGUGACAAAAAUUCCAUAAUCCCACCAUUCGUUUUUUUAAUUCUGUGUUUUGUCACUGUGUAGUUAUUUUAAAUGUGAACAGAAAAAAAAAAAUCAUUGUCUAUUUUUAAAGCACGCAUUACUGUUCUAACCCAGCCACACACAUGGACCACCACACGGCCUUUAGUGUAGACUUUCUGUAGUGAAUGCAGAUAUAGUAAAAAUCAGAUUCUUAAAUUAUUUCAUUGUAGCUAAUUCCCACCAUAGGAAUGCUUUAUCAUAGCAAAAAGCCUUCUGUUGGACAAAAAAAAAAAAAAAGGAAUUCUUGUACGGCUUCUUUGGGAUGUAUAUGAGUGUGUACAUAUUAUUAUAUGUGUUUAUAAUAUAAUAUUUUCCGAAAUGACUUCUUUUUUCACUUAAUCUUCCACGACGUGAAUGCUAGGUUGGUUUUUCCCUCCCUCCAGCACAGGGGACGUUGCUGCAGCCCCUGCCAUUUUAAGCAAUGCUGAUCUGCUCCAAGAGGCAGCCUGCUGUCUGGAACCCAAGUUUUGGCAACAGAGGAAAGAUGGUCAUGGGCUUCAAGGAUUUUCUUUUAAAAUAAAGGUGACUAGAGGCUAAUCUGUUUGUAUUCCAGUGUCAAACCAGAAGUCUUUACCUUGCUGCCAUUGCUCUCGCUGUUCUUUUAAAACCUUGCUAAGGCUAAGGCUGGAGAAGCUAGGAGCUGGUGCCAUUCAGGAAGGGACCAGGUUUUCAUUGCUUCUUUCUGUGUAAGUUGGAAGAAGUGAUGACAACCUGAGACACCACCAUGGCAGAAUACAUCUAGCCUUUCUUGUUCCAAAUUUAAAUUUUCCCCCAUCUAGAAGCAGCCAGCUGGGGGAGGUGUGUGGCAGUGUGCCAGGCAUCUGCAUGGCCAACCUAGACACUUCCCCAUUCCCACGUCCAAACAGCACCCCUGUCGGCCGAGUGGUCACUGAACUGGGAUGUAGGCAUCACAGGCCUAGCUGACAUCUCCCAUGGUCACGAAACCCUGCAGAGAAAGUGUUCAGGGAUUCUGAUCCCCCCAGGAGCAGAUCUCUAGUACUGGGCUGGACGCAGGGCUUGCCAGGAUCAGGCCCCAACGUGGUCACCGGUCCUUUCCACCCCAUCGUCCUGGGACAAUGGGCAGCUCCUGAGGGAGAGCGAGUGACCGGCCCUCAGUCUUUGGUCCCACAGCUGGUGGGCUUCCAUGUCUCCCAAAAAGCGUAUGAUAUUUGCGUGUCCUAGAAAGGCAGGUGACAGCCGUGGAUUGUGUGCUGAUCAUGAGGCUAGUGGACACGGAAGAGGGAGCCCGUGGGUGGGUCCAAAUGGUUAAAGACUCAGCUGCUAACCAAAAGGUUGGCAGUUCAAGUCCACCUAGACUCUCCUUGGGAAAAAAGCCUGGCAAUCUACAUUCUGAAAAAUUAUAGCCAUUGAAAACCCUAUGAAACAGAGUUCUAUUCUGUAUGCAUGGAGUCGCCACGAGUCAACUCAAUGGCAAAUUUUUGUUUUGUUUUGGACACAGAAGAAAGUAGGCCUUUAUUAAAUUACCCUUGACUCAAACCCUUAAGUCAGACUAUUUUCUACAGGGCUAGGCAUCUCCAGGCCAGCCCUGGGCAGCUGGCUUUUUAGAAACAAGUGUAAAGCGCCCUCCUCUGAGAUUGGGCCCAGCCCAAUGAGUCUCUUUGGAUUCAGCCUAGACACCAAUCUUCCUGGCUCUGUGACAUCUGACACCUUAUUGCUGUGACUGUGUACCUGCAUCCAGGUUGCUCAGUUCCUUAGGGAGAAACAAGGCCCAAUGCAAACGACAGCUCUGGGCCUGCGGACCCAGGUUCGAAUGCCAGCUCGGCCAUCCCCCCAGGCGCCUUGGGAAAUAUUCACUUCUGGGACUCAGUGAACUAUUUGUUUAAUUGUAUUUUAGGUGAAAGUUUACACAGCAAAUUAGUUUUCCAUUCAAACAGUUUAUACACAAAUUAUUCUGUGACAUUGGUUGCAGUCCCCGGGAUGUGUCACCCUGCUUCCCCGUUUCCAUCCCUUCAGUUUCUCUGCAGGUCCUGCCUUCUCAUCUUUGCUUUUGGGCAAAUGUCGCCCAUUUGGUCUCCUAUAGUUGAUUGUUCUAAGGUGCACAUUCCUCACAGGUGUUACCGUUUAGUUUACAAGCUAAUCUAGUCUUCAGCUGAAAAGUAGCACAGGGAGGUUUUCAAUCGGUGUUAUCCAUGGCGGCCUGGCGCCCAGCAGUGGAUGGAGGCCCCAGAGAUGGGAGCUUUUAUUAAGGACAGAAAAGUGAUAGGACUGAGGACCCUACAUCCACCCGGAAACCUGCUCUCAGCUGAUGCCAGGUCCCCAAGCCAGUGCCCUGGAAGCCAGUGAUUGUCACCUUUGCCAGCCCUCCUCCUGGCCAAGCCUCUGGUAGCUUCCUUCUCUAUCUGAUCCCUGUCCCUGCGUGAUGGAAGUGAGGCUCCCCAGGGACCACCGCCCCACUGAGGGAUAAACCCAAACCUGCCCACUUACCACCUCUGCGGUCCCCUCUUUAUCCUGCAUUAUUUAGUCUGAGUUUCAUUUUCACGAUGGGAAACAGAGACAAGAAGGGGUUGCAGUUUAUUCCUGUGUCAUCCACACAUGCUGCUUUAGGCCCAAACAGUCCUCCUCCCGCCACACCUUGCCAUUGUGAUGUUGGCUCAGACAACCCCCCCCCCCAGCACACGCACUGCUCCUCAUUCUGGUGCCCUGUUCCCACCUCCUCUGACCAUCAGGGAGUCCCCAGGUGGUACCAACAGUUAACACACUCGGCUGCUAACUGAAAGGGUGGAGGUUGGAGUCCACCCAGAGGCACCUCAGAAGAAAGGCCUGGGAGUCUACUUAUGAAAAAUCAGCACUGAAAACCCUAUGGAGCACAGUUCCGUGCUGACACACCUGGGGUCCCCGUGAGUCGGGGUUUGCUCGGGUUCCCUGUGCUGGCAGAGCUGUGGCUUCAGGGUCUUCCACCUUCUGCCCCCACUGUGUUUCUCCAAGGUCGGGGAGUGUCCACCUAAGAGCGAUCUUUCCCUCCCCAGGUCCCCUGCCCCGACUGUCCUUCCUCUGACCUUCAUGAGCUCGUCUUCCUCUCUCUUGUAGCCACCAUGUCCUGCCCAGCUGCUCACCUGAGCUCUGCUCACAGGUGGCAUGGGCGCCAGUGGUUCAACUCCACCAGCCUUCCUCCGCCUUGUGAUCAGAGCUACAUUCAGGGGCAGAAAAGGGCGAUGUCCAGAUUCUGGCCCAGGGAGGUUUGAAAGCCUUGCCAGAAUGUCAGUCCUCACAGAGUGUUAUCAAGCCUUCCAGGCUUCACACAAGGCGGAGAUGUGGGAAAGCAAAUCCCUCCCCACACACACACACCUGCUCUGUCUCCAUUCCUCAUGCACCCCACAAGGCCACCCAGACGCUUCUAGAACUCCCCUGGGUUGUGGUUAUGUACUGAAGAGACGCAUCUUUCUUUUAAAGAAAAUCUUGUUUCUCACUGCCUCCAUAGGUUCCACACGUUGUUGAGUCAUGGCUUAAAGUGAGUUUUUACCCUCCUCCUUUUCGAAAAAGUAACAAAUAAGGGCUCUUCCCAUCGAGCCUUUCAGUUUUCACUUGUUGUCUUUAUGGAUGUGUGUUUCCUUUUUGGCUUCCUAAGGGGCUUUCUUGAGCAAGUCCUGUGGCCAGGGACACCUUAAUUCCCAGACCCUACCUCCCCUGCCCAGAUGAGGACAACCAGGCAGGGUGCUGCUCAGCUUCGCAGGGGGGACCAGGUCACCAGGGUGGCACUGCCCAGCCGUCAGGUGUGUCUCCAGCUCUGCCAUGUACCCUUAAUGGGUACAUGGAUGGGUCCUUUGUCAUUCAAGCACCUGAGUUACCACCUUUCAGCCAAACCGUCAAAUUCCUUCCAGUCACCUGGAAGAGAGAAGAGGCGCGGGCUGGUAACACGGCUGGAUAGGUAACUACAAAGCAGUCCUCAGAUGUCUGUCCAUCCCUGCAUCCACAGGAAGUAAACCUGGGACCCAAGACGCCGUGAUGUCAGUGGCUAGAGAGACGCAGCACCAUUCAGAGACAACACCCCAACAUUGUCUUUUACCAAGAAGCUCACCCCCCAUAUUACGAGAAAAAAUAACACCCAACCACUUAGACGUUAGUAUUUCAGGACCCCCUGCGUUCUUCCCUAUAGAACAGAAAUGCUACCCUUAAAAGCGUGGAUUUUUAAUAUUAACGAAUUCCCUGUUUAGUCUGGAUGUCUGCUGUUUAUUAAAGAUAGAUUGGCACCCCUUUUUAAUUUGGAUCUGUGUGGUAUGUCAGGGUUGAAAUUAGAAGAUCUUUACAUUGGUAGGUGAUCUGGAAAGGGACUCUGUAAAACAAGUCUUUCUUCAUCAUCUGAGAUUUUUUUAAAAGCCCAGUUUCUAACAGUUUCCACCUGUGGAGUAAUACCUUCCACAGAGCAGUGAUACAACAAGCUUAACUUGGGAAGCCUUUCCCUGCCACGUUUCUACUAAUGAGAUAUUGAUUCUGGUAAAAGGCCAGGGUUUGGUGUUAGGAAUUCUGCCUCUUUGAUUAAGAUGCUACUCUCUGGGGCUCUCAUCCCAUACACACGGGUCUUCAGUGUCUGGAGCUGGGUGGGGUGGGGCAGGCGUGGUCAGGAGGGCUCUGCUGAGGGUCCGGAGGCCCCGCAUGUUCAGGUGUGUGAGGCUGCCCAGGUUAAAUGCAGCAAAACCUACAAGCAGGUGCGCUCUGGCUUCAAGCCACGUAACAAGCGCUCGGAGCUGCGCCACCUGUCCAAAGCAAGAAGCAUUAUAUGAGUUGUGGGAGGUUGACUCAGGGCAUGUUUGCAUUUUGGCCUGGCAUGUGGCAUCUGAGAGGGGACCACCCGCCAGGGGUCGUGAAUUAAGCCAUAGGAUAGGGACAGGCUUAUCUAAGCUUGUUCAGAACUGAUCUAGAAUUCAGUGCUGGUGGGAAUUACGUGACCUUUGUCUUGAGCUGCAGGUGAAAGGAAGGAACAAAACGAGUCAGUGUAUUGGGGGAUCUUCACAGUGGGGCAAACCCCUUUAAUUACACCAGUUGUUGGGGGACGACAGCCCCCACGUCAGAGUAUGCCUCCCCCACCCCAUGCGGUGCUGGGCAGCGUCUGAACCCACCCAGAAAGCUAAAAUCUGAACUGUUUGGGACACCUAAAAAAAAAAAAAAGAUGGAGCACCAGCUCCGGGAAGCUCCCUCAGUGGCCUGUAUAAAGCGCCCAGGAGCUAUUCCCACUUAACAAUGUUGGUUCCAGAUCUUUCCACCACUUUGGCAUGCUCUUUGUAGAAAUCUUGACCACUACGCCUCCUGCGAGGUGGCCAGUCACACUGGCGUGGCAGCCUGCCCCACAGCUCUCGGCCACCCGCCCGCUGACAUUCGAGGAGCCCCCCCAUGAAAAUGGUGUCCUGCCUCGGUUGUUCAGACAGGCGGGGGGACAGGGAACAGACCAAGGUGCCGUGCGCUGUGGCCAUUCUGGGCAGCUAGCACUCCCUCAUGCUGCCUUCGCACAUAGCUCAGUGCCCAGCCACCCUCCCCGUCCAGGGUCCCCAGACAUUCUCCCCAUGACUGCUGGGGUACACGGUGUACUCGGCCACAGCUGAGUGCUACCCUAGGGGUUUAGGCAAAGGCGCACCUAGAAACUGCUUCAUGGCAGACAAAAGGGGGGAAACCUGCACCUGGAAUUCCUUCCCCCAAACUCAGAAAGCAUCAUGGUUCUCUCCCCCUGUCCCAAGUGGGGGUUUUGUGUAUGAAAUAGGUUGAAUUCCUGAGAUGGCAGCCCUACCAGCUCCAAGCACCUGGGAGGGGCUCUGUGUACGUAAUAAAAUGCGUGCCGUGCAGGACCUGGAAGGGACUGGAGAGGGAGCCCUUUCCAACAGUGCUGUUGAGCUUGGCUGCAGACUGGGAUGGCCUGGGGAACGGUCGGAAGGGGCCGCGGGGACAGCCAGGUGCUUGAUGGGGGUCCACCCUCCCGUACCACCCAGCCCCCCAAUCUCCUUUCCUUGACUUCUCCAUCCUGCCAGCUUUGAAGUGAGUUCUCGUCUUGCCACGAGGGUGUGUUUCCGGAAGGGGCAUCAGAGCAGGUCACAGGGAACAACUGAGACGCCAUUUUGGGAAGGCAGCGCGUCGCCCACUUUUUAGCACGUUUUUUCUGUUUCUGUAAAUAGCAAUGUAUAGAGGCCAACAGAGCAGCACGGGCUUUAUGCCGAGAUGGUUCUUUUGGUGGUUUUUUAUAUUACCUCGUUCCACAAGUUUAUGUUUCACAACAAGUCAGUGAGGCUUUAUUUAUAUUGUUUUUACUGUAAUUAAAACCAUUGACUGACAUUUCACUUUGCUUGUUAUUUCAUAUGAUUUUGUUUUGAUUAAAUAUGCCAGUUUGUAUUUUCCUGCCUUGGAUUUUUUUGUGUGUGUGUCAGCUGUACAGUAUUCUAAGAGAAAAAAAAAGAAAAAAUGUGUAAAGUCAUGAAGAGGGGGCUAUAGUGUAGAGACCUCUUUCUAAUAAAGAAAUGAAAAUAUGUCCAUACAGCCUCCGUGGAGUUUUUGGAUGUUGGUCAUUUGUCAUAACUAAUUAGGUUCUAUUCCCAGGCUGCCCUAUGCCUGAGGGAACUGGGUCCACAAACCCUUCACUCAUGGACUCAGGGAAAGAUUGGGGCAUCUCUUCUCACUCCUUCGACUUUGUUGUUGAUGUUAGCUGCCAUCAAGCCAGCCCCUGAUUCACAGUGACACCACGCACAACGGAAGGAAGCUCUGCCCAGUCCUGCGCCAUCCCCGUGCUCAGUUGUGAUCAGACUGUUGUGAUCCAAAAUAAAAUGCAGAGCCCAGGAAGAGACUGAAAGGGAGAGCCCUUUCACAACGGUGUUGUUGAGCUUGGGUCCAGACUUGAACAGCCUAGAAGGACAAGGGUUUCCGUGGCUGAUUUUUAGUUGCAGGUUGCCAGACCUUUCUUCCUACUCUGUCUUACUGUGGAAGCUCUGCUGAAAACUGUUCAGCAUCAUGGCAACAGGUAAG